AACUAUUUUCUGUAGCAACAGCAGUGAGUGUAUUUCAGCCGCUUACCGCUAACGAGCACCGAAAUACGAGCAAGGGUCAGGGAGAGGGAGAGAGAGAGCGCAAGGGAGAGGGAGGGAGGGUUCGCGAAAGAAUUCAUCUCAGCCACAGUGGCUGUAAAACUCACCAAAAAAAAAAAAAGAAUUACUGCUAAAGCAUCAACGGUUGAACGAGAAGAGAGAGGGGAGAAAAUCGCGCUCUCGCUUCGCACGCCUCGGAGCGAGACAUGGAUCUACCUGCCGUCGGAGAGCACGUCUUCGCGGUGGAGGGCAUCGAGAAGAAGCGCAUACGGAAGGGUAGAACCGAAUAUCUGGUGAAGUGGAGAGGAUGGUCGCCGAGAUACAACACAUGGGAACCGGAGGAGAACAUCCUCGACCCGCGCCUUCUCGUCGCCUUCCAAAACAGAGAGAGACAGGAGCAGCAAAUGGGAUAUCGCAAACGAGGACCUAAACCCAAACAUCUUCUGAUCCAGUUACCUGCGUUUGCACGGAGGUCCAGCAUCCUUGCUGAUCUUCAGGAGACAUCACUGGAUGAGGAGAACCAGUUCAAAGUGGAUUCACUUCAGAUGCACCGGUCACAGCCUCAGCAUUACCAGCUCAAUAGCAAAAAACAUCACCAGUACCAGCCCAACAGCAAGGAGAUCCCGGCAGAAGCUCACACCAAUGGCAAGAAGAAGCACUUCUAUCAGCUAAACAGCAAGAAACACCAUCAUUACCAACCAGACCCUAAGAUGUAUGACCAGCAAACCACAAAGCCUAAGGAGGUUAAAGGGCAUGACCCAUCUAUUAAAGGAUGGAACCUCCCUCCAGCCUUGCAACAGAAAUGGGUGCGUGACAAGGACACUGGUAGCUUGAAUAAAGUGAAAGAUCUAUCCGUGGAGCAUAAGCAACUGCUUAUUCCCGCUAACAAAGAAGACCAAACGGUAAAGACAACCUCGAAAGAUCCCCUGCUUUCCAGUGGCAUCAGCAGUAAGAUGAAGAUCAUCAGGAACAAAAACAAAAAUGGCCGAAUUGUCAUUGUCAUGAGCAAGUACAUGGAUAAUGGGGUCCAGCCUUCUAAAGUGAAAAACAGGGAUUCUCCCGGAACAGAGAAACCAAAACAAACUGAGGAGACCAUAAAUGGCAAUGCAGCCAAACUUGUAAAAGUGACACCAGGGCAGGAGAAUGGUGCUCCUAACCACUCAGGAGACAGUGCAUGUAUUACCAGUGAAUUUGUUCACAAAGUGCCCCACAAAAAGUUUGAGCUCUCAAAAGCAAAAUUGAACACUGAGGCAGGUCACAGAACAGAAAAAGAGGUGAAUAAAAUCAAUUUAUCACACAGUCACUCUGUGCAACUGUCCACCAAAACUAGCUCUUCACCCAUAUCAGUUGGGGAGGAUGCUCCAUCACAAAAGGACUCCACCAACCACCAUCUCAGCCAUCGUAAACGGAACCUGUCAGAACCUAACAAGGCUGCAAGUGAUUGUAAGAGGUUCCUCAGCUCCAGAAGUAUCAGUGCUCCCAAUCCGGUCGUCGAUUCCCCUCAGAGGGAACCUAUAGACCUGCACUGUUCUGGCCAAAUCACCAGUGGGGGCUACAACUACACCGUUACUGACACCAUUCCUGAUGAACCAAUCGACUUAAGCUGUGGGAGGACUAGGUUACAUGCAGAAGCUCCCACAGAGUCCCACGUAGCAGUGGACGACGCACCUGAGACUUCAGAAAAGUCGGAAGAACCAGUCAGCUAUUUUAAGCCAUUUUCAGGUAAUAUCAUCAUUACGGAUGUCACCACAAACUGUCUGACUGUGACCUUUAAGGAAUACGUCUCCAUUUAACAGCCUUCAAUUUGAUACACUGAGGACUUCUGAUACUUAUAUGGAUUUGUAGAUAUGUAAUUAUUAGAAGAAUUCUGUACAUAUGUAUCUAUAAUUUGUCAUGUAUAGAAAAGAAAUGUUUUCUUUUUUUUGCAGUGUAGGUUUUUUUUUUUAUUUCACUUGGAAUUUGUUAAGGCCUGUACAUGCACAGAAUAAAAUGGAGUGUUUUGAAUGUUUAAAGACAGGUACAGUUUGUACUCUGAAGAAAUCAAUAUGGGAGGACAUGCUGAGCUUAAGAGGUUGUUAAUGCAUCACUGAACAAGCACUUACUUACUAAACGGAAAUGGCCGUUACAUGGACUUGUGUGCUUCAUGUUGAGCACUAUUUGAACCAUCUCUUUUUAAAGAUUGUACUUCUUUGCAAACACAGUGCAGACACAUGGUUUUACAAUAUUACACUUUUCUUGCAAACGAGUCUGUGCCAUUUUAGGCAGUUAGAGUUGAGCUUAUUCUAAUGUCAGAUGGAUAUUCAGGGUGUUUUGCAGAGUUUUUUUUUAUUUUUAAUAUAUAUUUUGCUUAAGGCCACACUUGCAUUGCUGCAUAGUUCUGUUGUGAAAGAUACAGGUCUUUGCUGUGCAAUGUUGAAAUAGCCUCAAUCAGACACACCACUGUUUGCUCAUUUGGUUAUAUUUACCUACCCAUUGAAUGUGUAAGCUGCACUUUGUCAUAAGUUAAGAUACUUUGAAGAAGGCCUAAAUGACACUGAUCAACAGGGUAGAUCCUCCCUUUCAUACUGUGGUUAAAUGUCAUACUGAUUAAUUUGUACACCAUCACGUCUUUUUUUUUUCUGUGUGAGUAUAGAAACGUUUCCUGAGAGUCUACAUAUUACUUCAUAUUUAACUGCUGAAAUGGUUCUUAUUUUUAUGCCAUGCUUUUUCUUAACUGUCUAUAUUUUUGGUGUGACGUACUAAUAACAAUGUAUGACCAAACAAUUUAUUUUAGACAAUUUGUAACCCUGUAGCACAUAAUAUUGUAAAACUGCUGCUAAAGUGUAUUACUUAGUUGAAGUAAUAUGUUAUGGGAAAAUGCAGAAUAUGCUGUAGUCAACAUUAGAGUCUAAAUUUGCCUUAAAUGAACAAAGUAAUAAUAAUAGUGUAUCAAUAUUUUACAAAGCUUAUUGUAGUGAAACAAUCAUAGCCAGUACCAUAUCCAGACAGUAAAUGUAUCAGGCUUUUUGAGUGGACCUGACUUAACACUCGUGACUGUAGUUAUGAAAGACCUUUAUCCGUGGAACUGACAAAUCUAUCGAUAUAGACGUGGUCAAUAGAUUUGGCUUGAUUACUAGAAGCACAACAAAUGCAUCAAUGCCAAAAACAAGACCAUGAAAUAUUUGGUGCUUUGAUCAUCAAUGAUAUUUUAGAAAGGCGGAUAAGUUCAUUCAGACAGAGAUGUGGUUGAUUCACUGUUUCAUUUAGCAGUUUAGUUUUGCAGAUCUUAAACUAUGUGCCUGUGAUAAUUGCCAGUAUGACAACAGAGGGAGUCCACUCCUAUUCACAUGUAUCAAAAAUGUUGUUAAUUUAAGUAACUGCCCUCCGAUACACACAAUACCGUUGCAAUUAUUUAAAAAAAAAAAAACAUUAACAAAACCCAACUUUAAUAAAUCUUGUCAUGAUGUUUCAGAA